CCCGCCCGCCCGGCCACGUGACCGCCGCCAUCUUGACUCCGGGCGCGGCGCGCGGGCCCUGGCGUCACCGCCCCACUGCGCAGGCGCGACGGGUGCGGGCGGGCCCCUCCGCGCGGCUGCCCCGCAGGUUCGGAGCCGGCAUGGCCUUCGCGAGGACACUGCUGACCGCCCUGCGGCCCCUGCUCCAGGCCGGCGUGCAGGCCCCGGCGCUGCCCUGCCCCGCGCUGCCCUGCCCCGCGCUGCCCUGCCCCGCGCCCGCGCAGGCCUUCAAGACCAAGGGCGUGCUCAGGAAGCGCUGCCGGGACUGCUGCCUGGUGAAGCGGCGCGGCCGCUGGUACAUCUACUGCAAGAGCAACCCCCGGCACAAGCAGAGGCAGCUGUAGCGCUGCAGGUCGCAGAGGCCGGGGGUGACCUGGAGGAGGAGAGCAGACCCCUUGGUGUCCUUGGAAGACUGGCUGCUGAUCUACCGGGCAGGGAGAUGCCAAUAAAAAUCCCAGCUGGGACUUCUUUGUA